AUGGCCUUUUCCCAGGACAACAGCUACAUCUACGUCAUGUCGGAGAGACAGGUCACACGGGUGCCGAUCGAGUCCUGUGAGCAGUACGGCACGUGUGGAGAGUGUCUGAGCUCAGGAGAUCCACACUGUGGCUGGUGUGUGCUGCAUAACAUAUGUUCUCAAAGGGAUCGUUGCGAGCGUGCAAAUGAGCCGUACCGUUUCGCCGCCACGCUGAACCAGUGUGUGAAAGCCACAGUGUACCCAGACAGCAUCGCCGUGUCUGAACCCAGCGUUCCGCUGCUGGUGAAAGUGACAGAUGUUCCGGAUCUUUCUGCUGGAAUCACAUGCUCCUUCGGGAACCUGACGGAGGUUGAGGGCAGAGUAGAUGGGAAUCAAAUUCUCUGCACUUCUCCUGCUGCUAAAGAUGUUCCCAUCAUCCCCACAGAUCAAGUCCGUUCAUCCCUGUUACGAGGAGCGGAAACAGGUGGGAAGGAGGCAAGAGAAGAGGAAGUGGUGCUUUCGGGUCACGGCUGA